UUUGGGCUGUGUGGGUUGUGGACGUAGCACAGACACAGCUUCAUCUGCUCCAGGCUGCAGACUUCAGAGCCGCAGGAACGUUGUUUAACCCGGUUUACUGCUUAUUUACCUCGAAAACAACAACAACAACAAUGGAAGGACACAUGUGCAACAUCCAGGUGCUGCUCCGGGCCGCCGAGUUCCUGGAGAGGAGGGAGAGAGAAGCAGAACAUGGAUAUGCCUCAGUCCUGCCUCUCAGCCCAGGUCACUCCGAUAGGAAGAGCAAACAGAAGAGCAGGAAGAUAUCUGCUGGUGGCAAUAGGUCGGUUCACAAUGAGCUGGAAAAAAACAGACGAGCUCAGCUGAAGCACUGCCUGGACCAGCUCAAGGAACAAGUCCCCCUCUCGUCCGACUCCGUGAGGAACACCACCCUCAACCUGCUGAGACGAGCCCAGCUCCACAUAAAGAAGCUGCAGGACCAGGACGAGCGUGCGGAGCAGAUGAAGGGUCGCCUGCGCUGGGAGCAGAGGGAGCUGCGGGUGCGGCUGGAGCAGCUGCAGAGGGGCACGGAGAGGAUCAGGAACAACAGCCAGGGGUCGACCAUGUCGUCCGAGAGGUCGGACUCCGACAGAGAGGACGUGGAGGUUGACGUGGAGAGCAUUGUGUUUGACUGUGUGGACCCUGACGGACUGAGCAUUACACAGGCUGACGCAGACCACUGUUACUCCAGCAUGGACAAAGCCUGGCUAUGACGGCAGUUAACCUUCUGUCGCUUAACUUGCUGUCACCAGAUCGAAGAGGAGAAGACAUGAAAACAUUCCAAAAAUCAAGCAAAUGGAGGACGAGGGAUGAUGGGAAGAGACGUUACUGUACAGCUGAACACUUUUGUUUUCUUUUUAAACAGGAGGAGCAACUUUCCCCCUCAAAUGAUGUCAGACUACAAGCUAAACAAUAAUGUCGGUUAUGAAUGAGCUAUGUCCAUUUGCACUGAAUAGCAGUAUAAAUCACUGGGCUGGAUGUAACAUUGAGCAUAUACAGUAUAUUUUUUGGCAUCAACCACUGAUGGCAUUUGAUUUUGAUUUUCAAAGCCAUGAGGUGUUUGUUACCCACAAGGAUUCAAACAGUUUAUUCAUCUUUUUAAGGGCUUUUCCAAACCCAGCUAAGGGCUUUUUAUUCAAAACUCUUAACUUAUUCUUAACUCCACUAUGUCUGUCCAGAAUUCUGCCUUAAAUCAGAUUUGGUCUAGUAUUCUAUACAGCUUCUCUUUAGCACUAAGUUUAUAUUUCAGUAAAGACAUGGGUAGCAUGCACUUAAACAUUAAUCUGGGCUAUGUUUUGUAUUAUUGUCCGACUAUGUUACGUUCAGUCAUUGUAUUGUUUUUUUCUUUCUUCUGUUGCACAAAACGUUCACACGUUGCACUUGUUUUUAUCUCAGAAAGAUUGUGGUUAUAUCCAACAGGAAAACAGUGGGGAGACAUUGACUGGUCAUAUUUGCACAAUGAUAUCCGGCAGUUAACUCAACCAUGCAGAAUUUUAAUUUGGUGUAUUUUUUUACUACACGACUCUGUGUUGAAGUGCGAGAACUCCCUGUGUGAAAGAGACACUGUGAGCAUUAAGGUGGCUCUUUGCACACAUCUAAUGACAGUCACUGUUUGAUUCACUGCUAAUAAUAACUGAUGUUUCUGUUUUCACGACUGUACACUUCGCUGCUUGUGCAUUUUGUCAUUUAGAAUGUUGACUAUGCAUGCAACAAGUACACCACUCAGGCAGGUAGUUUCCACUUGUAAUGAUUACAAGUAUCUAUUCUAUUCAUUGCUAUAUAUUUAAUAAUUGAAGGUGCUUUUUCUUCCCUUCACUUGUGUAUAUGCAAGAUGCCUUAUUAGCUUUUAAUAGUAUGUAUGAAUUCAUCAGUCUCUCCGCCCAGUAAUAAUAUGUAGCAUUUUGUACUGGUGUAAUCUUUUUAUUUUUAUGAAUAAAUAUUUUCUAUAUUUA